AUGUGUGGCAGCACAAUAACUUGCAGAGGACUUCGGUCGGUGUAUGGCGGCCUUCAUGGCUCGCGGCGCGGCAGGGUUGGUCAACCCGGCCACCCUGUCGGGCGUAAGGUCGAGGACGUGCAGCAGCACGCUAAACUGCUGAGGACUUCGGUCGGUGGAUGGCAACCUGCAAGGUUGCGCUUAUUUGUCGGGGACCUCACCCUGCUUCGAAAAGGCGGUUUCCGGUGUCCGACAACACCGGACCAACCCAGCAUGAUGGCAAGUUUUAAGACGAAUUUACCCCAGGAGGGUACCACCAGCUCCGCUGGUGGAGAAUCCCUCCCCGAGGCCACUUUGGCCUCGGGCUGCCCCUCGUACUCUGGGGGGGGCAAAAACUGCUUUGACUGCACGACGACUUUGGCUUUGGAUACGGUUACAGAUGCACGCGAUGUGGAAGUGACGGGGAGCGGUGUAGAUGAGGAAAUGGAGCUGGACACGGAGCUCAUGCUGAGCGAGGACUCAACAUCUAUGUCCGAAACCAGCCGCCGGGCUAGUCCGAUGCCCAGGAAGAGAAGAGGACGUCCGCCCACCACGGGCCACUAUGUCGGCCUGGCUAAGGCCAAGCUGGCACUCGUCGAGGCCGAACGUGAAGAGGAGCGGAGGAGAGCGGAGGCAGAAGUUGUCGCUGCCUCUCGCGCGGCUCGGGCUAGAGCCCAGGCCCACAGGAUGCCGGAGUUGGUAUCUGAAGACGAAGAGUUUCAGGCGGCCGGCUCCCUCAGCCAAAUGAUUGAGGAAAACGUCGAGGUAAUCAGGAAAGUGGCCACCACGUCCAAAAACCUGAAAGGGGGUUACGUGCGAGCCCUAAAAGACGCAGCUGAAGAGAUCAGCAAGAUGGCAAGAGCUCUGCAGGGCCGAUGCUCCACGGAGGAAACAAAAGGACUGCAGGCGGACAACGCUCGUCUGCGAGCGGAGGUAGCCCAGCUACGGCAAGAGGUGACUGAGAUGAAGGCUCACCUCCUAACACCGAACGUGAGGACAGAGGAUGCCGCGGGGAUUAGGCAGCCUGAACCACAGCGGCAUCGACAAAGUGACAAUGAGGAGUUAGUGCGCACUAUCCUGUGCCAAGUGGGCACUAUGAUAAAUGCCCGAUUUGAAGCGCUGCAAGACCGGCUUCUUCCGGAGAAGCGCCUCCGUCCCCCGCUGGCGGCGGACAGUAGGCCCGAGCUGACGGACCACAGCGCACCGGAGGCACCAAAAGUGUCGGGGAAAGUCAUGGGCAAAACUUCGGGCAAAGCCCCGAAAAAAGUCCCGGGAAAGCCCGCAAAAGAGAAGACGACGGAACCGCAGGCCCCACCCCAACCAAGGGUGGUGGCGGUAGAGCCGGAGGACCAACAACCCAAAGAGAUGCCCUGGAGCACGGUGGUCAAAAAAGGGCUAAGAAAGAAGAAGGAUCGACCACGGGUGUUCACAAACACCGAUCGAGGAAAGGCCCCAAGAGCUCCACCAGACAGCUCACCAAAGACUGCUGCAGUGGUGGUUACAAUUACACCGGAGGCCAUCGCAAAAGGCCUCACUUAUGACGCGGUCAUUGCCGAGGCCAAAGCGAAAAUUAAACUACAGGACGUGGGCAUCACAACCGGAGUACGCUUCCGGGUGUGCGCCACAGGAGCGCGAAGGUUUGAGGUCCUGGGGACGGAAAAUGGCCCACAGGCUGACGCCCUAGCGGGAAGGCUGACGCAAAUCUUUGAUGGAGACUCGGUCCGCAUAACCAGGCCGGCCAAAACGAUAGAAAUAAAGAUAUCGGGAUUAGAUGACUCGUCGACCAUUGACGAAGUAUUAGCAGCGGUUGCCGAAGCAGGAGGCUGCGCGAAAGAUAGCCUCAAGAGCAGCGGGGUGGUCAGAGACAGGUAUGGAGUAGGACAUGCCUGGGUGGAGUGUGCAGUUCCAACGGCGAAACGGGUGGCGGCGGCAGGUCGCCUCACAAUAUCUUGGGUGACUGCCAACGUUACGCUACUGGAGCCCCGCCCAUUGCGCUGCUACCGAUGCCUGCAAAAGGGGCACGUUAGAGCGCAAUGCAAUGCGGAGGUUGAUAGGAGUAAGUUGUGCUUCCGCUGUGGGGUAGAGGGCCACAAAUUUAAGGGCUGCCUGGCCAAGCCGCACUGUACCAUCUGCGCGGCGGCCCAGAAACCGGCGGAGCACAAACUUGGAGGUAGGGGAUGCUCUGCUCCAGCCCCCAAGGUCACCAGAGGGAAGAAGACGCUGCCACAACCAGCACAACAUCAAGCGCCAGGAGAGGUCGCCAUGGAGACGGACGAAGACGGAAAUAGAAAUGGCUCUACAAGUACUGCAAGCCAAUCUUAA